UUAAGAGAGCUAAUUAAGCUUACUAUUUUAAUUUUAAAAAAUGGCUGCAGCAAAUAUUGAGAGUGAUUAUUCAAGCAACGUGAGGCAUAUCCGCCCUCCCAUUGUCUUAUACAAGCCAAGCAUGUGGGGCGACAUUUUCUCUACAUUUUCUUUCGAUAAUAAGGUGCAGGAGAAGUACUCCGAGGCAAUGGAAGCAUUGAAGAAAGAAAUAGGAAGUAUGUUAAUGGCUGCGGAGUCUACGAAAUUGAUGAUAUUGAUCGAUAGAAUUGAGCGUUUGGGUGUCGCAUAUCAUUUUGAGUACGAAAUCGAAGAGAAGCUCAAACAAAUUUAUGAUUCCGAAGAAGAAGAAAAUUAUGAUGUAUUCACUACUGCGCUUCGGUUUCGUUUGCUAAGACAACAUCAGUAUCCUGUUUCUUGCGAUGUUUUCAACAAAUUCGUCGAUAAAGACAGCAAAUGGAGAUCAGAAAGCCAUAGCAUCGACAUCGAAGGCAUCCUAUGUUUGUACGAGGCAGCUCACGUCCGAAUUCACAACGAAAAAUCAUUAGACGAAGCUGCAAAACUCACAGUUGAUCAGUUGAAUCAAAUGCUACCAACACUAGAUCAGUCUCCCAUUAUGAUAGAGAAAGUGGAGCAAUCUUUGAAGCACUCCAUUCAUAGAGGCCUUCCAUUAUUAAACAUCCGGUUCUACAUUUCCAUCUACGAAAGAGAAAGAGCAACCGACGAAUCUCUUCUCAAACUAGCCAAACUCAACUUCAAUUUCUUGCAGAAUAUCUAUAGGAAAGAAUUGGCUGAACUCACGAGGUGGUGGGAUAAAAUCGACAUAAAAAGCAAAUUUGGUCAUGUAAGAGACAGAAUUGUGGAGUGUUACCUUUGGGGAAAUGGGUUACGCUUCGAACCUCAAUACUCUUAUGUUCGAUUAGCCGUUGCCAAAAAUAUGCAACUUGUUUCAGCUAUGAAUGACAACUAUGAUAAUUAUGCUACACUUGAAGAAAAUGAUCUCUUCACCCACAUUCUCGAGAGGUGGGAUUUGGAUGAGAUUGAUGUGCUCCCUGAUUUCAUGAAAGUUGUGUAUAGAGCUUUUGUAAGUGAAUAUGAAGAUUAUGUAGUUGAAGCAGAAAAGCAAGGAAAGCCCUAUGUUGUCCCUUACUACAAAGAAGCAGUGAUACAAGUUGGUAGGGCUUAUAAUCAAGUGCAGAAGUGGAUUAUGGAAAGGCAAAUGCCAGGUUUUGAGGAAUAUAUGACAAAUGCAGUUAUUACAAGCUGUAUUUUUGUGAUGUUCACAUCUCUUAUCCCUGGCAUGAAAUCUGAUGUUAAUGAGGAAGUAGUUCAAUGGCUUCACAGUGAGCCCAAAAUCGUCAUUUCCACUGCUAAAUUGGGCCGAACCGUCGAUGAUUUAGGCACACAUGAACGCGAGAAUAGGGAAGGAAAGUUGCCGACGGUGGUGGAUUGCUACAUGAAAGACAAAGGCGUGUCGAAGCAAGAAGCGAUUAAUGAGUUUGUGGAGCUUGUUGAGAAUGGAUGGAAAGAUAUAACUGCAGAGUGGAUUAAGGGAAAUAGCUCAGUGCCUAAGGAAAUGAUGGAACAACUCCUAAACUAUGGUCGAAUGGCUGAGAUUACUUACACUAAUAAAGAAGAUGGCUUCACUUACCCUGAAAAGUAUUUGGGCCCAUUGAUUGCAUCUCUCUACGUGGAUCCUCUUCCUUUACACAUUUGAUUAUGAUCAAUUAAUGUGUGAGGACGAGUGGUGGAAUUUGGAAAUGGGCUUUGAUGUUACUACCAUAUAUUGUACUAUUCCGAUUAGUGUUGAUGGGUUAUAGUGUCAAAAUUUAUUAUAUUCGAAUAAUUAAUUUUGUGAA